AUGUUUGCUACUAAGGCCCUUCGCCAAGCUGCUGCGCACGCAGAGCGUCAGCCCCUUAUCAAGUUCAUCGGCAAGAGGAACAUCCCAGCCUCAGUCGACCACACGCCCCAGCCUCACCCCGCAGCCCCGGGCAACAUCCUCCCCGGCAGCGGCGCCACCACCUUCAGCAAGUACCGCGAGCACGCCCAGCAGUUCGGUCCCCUGCGCAAGACCAUCAAGUCUGGCGACGAGGGCCUGGUCGGCGGCACCUCGGGCCACGAUCUCGGCCCCGUCCAGCCCAGCAAGAGCGGCGUCUUCUUCGACCGCAACGAGCUUCCCCCCAGGUUCCACCGCCAGCCUCUCAGCAUGGCCGAGAUCGAGGCCAUUGAGACCGGUGGUGCUGCCCUUUUUGCAUGA